AUGGCGCAGCGUGUUACCCUCCGAAAGCGUCAGCCUUACAACACCACCUCCAACCGCCGGAGGGUGGUCAAGACCCCAGGUGGAAAGCUCGUCGUGCACCACAUCAGGAAGCUCGCCUCUGCUCCCAAGUGCGGUGACUGCGGUAUCGCUCUUCCCGGUAUCCCCGCUCUCCGCCCCCGUCAAUACGCUACCCUCUCCAAACGCCAAAAGACCGUCAACCGGGCAUACGGUGGAUCCUGCUGCGCCCCCUGUGUCAAGCAACGCAUCACCCGUGCGUUCUUGAUCGAGGAGGCCACUAUCGUCAAGCGGGUGCUCAAGGGCAAGGCCACCGUCGGCGGGAAGAAGUAG